UGUCACAUCAUCUUGAAUCAUUAUAUUCUAGAGCUGCGAUGCAAGCCGGAAUCGAUGAUAUAGCGAGCUUAGUCCGCAACCUGGGUAUUGCUGAUGACGCACCUCAGGAUCAGGAUCAGGGACAGAAUCUCCGGAACGCUGUACAUGUGCUUAUUCGGUCUGCCAACACUGUUACCUCACAAGCACAAUCUGUCAAAUCUCUCGCUGGUGACGCGAAUUCCUCGCGUAAGCUGCCUAUCACGGAUGUAUGCUCGCUCCGUGAAGGAAUAAAGAAGCUUGCGAACAUUACUAUCGAUCUUCAAGGCACUAUUGAUGCGCUCAACGAAGCGGCGGAACACUCUGUCGUCCUACACCUAAGGUCGCUAGGAAGCCAAAGCCCGCUCAUUGCGUUUAGAAUCUUAUCACAUUUCGAUAAACAAGUCAAAGACAUUAUCCGAGAAGUUCUUGAAAAUACUAGCGAUCAGGACGUGUUGUGGAAGGUGGCUGAGGAGUGCUUCAAUCAGACCGUUAACCCCUGUGGAACUCUCGAUGCUGAGGACUAUUUUGCUCCCCUUGAAGAAGCCUGUCUGGAAUGGCCUUACGACCCCGACUUUGAGAGCGAAGAAUAUUAUGAGCAUGAGAAUCGCCUUGAUGUGGAUGAAGAUUACGCUGCAGCUUUCCAGCAACGAGAGCUGCAAAGAUCUGAAGCCCGGUGCAAAGAUAGGCAGAGUUGGCCUGCAUUUUGGAUCCAGGUGUUGAACAAUGCACCUUCAGGACCAACCCUGUUCCACCCGCCAGCAGGCUUUAGUACUCUGACACUGGGUUCAGAUGUUACCCCACGAUACCUGUUUCGCACAUUCGACGAGGCCAGCUCAGGGAGAAACGAUGAAAGCGUGAUAGCUUCCAGCGCGAGCAUCUUUGGCUCGCAUGAAAGUAGCCGAACGGACAUUCUGAAAUUGGAAACCCAAGAAGCAACAAAAUUACUGUACAAGCAUUUCAAUAAGCAGUGUUUUGACGGGGAGGAGACUGACAACCUCAUGUCCUGGACAAGCUCCCUACUUUUCGUAAUACAGUACGCGGUUUGGAGGCGCAGAAGGCGUCGAUGCCACCCAUCCCAGAUCAAGGUUUGCGCGGUCGACACCAGGAACUUUCCACAUGGACAAUUCGCCCAGGACAUCUGGUUACUUAAAGCGUAUCAUGCAACUGCCAAACGGAUGGGCGAUCCAGAGCGAAAGUUUUUUGACUUCCGUAUCGGGAAUGAAGACUUUUAUAAUGGUGAAUAUCUGUCCCAAGGGAAAGUGAGCCACGCAGGUCGAUCCUGUGUAGUCUCUCUUGAGAACUUGAAAUAAGCUGGACUCUUUAAACUAUAUCCCGAAUUUAAGGAUCCCAGAGGUAGUGAGCAAUGGACUAAACGAGUGCUGGAGCUGCGCCAAAGCUGGUCGGCGGAGCAAGGAACGACGGACCAGGAAAUUCGGCUUGCGCUCGGACUGGCGUACAGUUGUUUCGCUCAAUUCGAGCCAAUCGACAUAGCUGCCAUCCUCCUGACUUUCAAGAAUCGCAAAGGCUUAAGGCUGAAUCCCACAGAGAGUUCAGACUUCUUCAAGAAACAGCGGCCAAGAUGGGCGGAUAAGCCAAAGGAAGUUCGUCGAUACUGGAUUGUUAAUGAAGCAGUCGGCUCAUAUAUCGAACUUUCCGAUGUGUGGAAUCCUCGUUCACCUUCGCGACAUUACGAGACGCUACAGGAGGUCUUUGAUUGAGAACCGUUCAUUGACCAACGAUUGACAAAGACUCCGAAUCGCCGAUGCGCUUUCGAGAUAGAACAUGAAGCCUUCUUGGUGCUUCGCAAAAUACUGUCCAGUUAUGAGUGCACGUGGACGCGGAAAGGUUUUGAACUUUGGGAGCCUCAGGCAAACUACGACGUGUACCUUACGUGCAGUAAAUUAUACAAUGAUUAGUGAAAAUAGGGAGCUGGACCCUGAAAUACUAUCCCUCCAUUUUGAGCUUGGAAGUACCAGUGAGAGUGGCAACAUUAUAUGAAAUAAUACCACGUGGCCGCCACAGAAUAGAUAAUAAGUUUCUAGAAUAAUAAUAGGACUGUAAUGACAAAAUACAAACUC